CUAAUAUUGUAAAAACAACAAUUGCCUGAUGUAAACUCCUGUCCCAAAAUUAAUUCUGAAUGACCAGAAAUAUUAUUAAAUACUAUUAUUACUUUAUAACAUUAUUCAUUAAUCAUUGUUAUGACAAUUAAAUAACUCCUAAACAACCCAUAGUCUUGAAUAGUCAAAUCUUUCAGCUAUAAAUGCCAAUGAGUAUUAGGAUUAGAAACAAAUUUGUUUGGAACUACUGGUAUCGAACCUUGACGACUUAUGGCCUGGCCAGUUGAUGACCAAUUAGUACUGUUUGAAGAAAUAAGAAGACUGCUGAUCGAUAAUAAUCAAGAACACACUGCGGCUAUUCUGAGAAAUCGAAGAGUUUCCUGUGCCAUCAUCGUUCUAGUAAUAAUCCUGCUCCUUGUGUUCAUCGUGUACCUAAUAAUCAGCCAUGUUUGGUAGAAAGAAAAAGACAUAUCUUAUGGGCUUGACAGGAGAUGUCUCAAAGAAAGAUCGAGAAAAAUAUACGGUUAAGAGAUGUUUUCUUUUCACUCUCAUUAUGACAACCAUUUGCGAAAUGGUUAUUCUGUUGGCACUGGUUGGACACUGUCGAUUGUUACGGCAGGACAUUACAAGCCCUAGAAAGCAACAGAUGUGUUUGGAUUUGCAAAGAUUUUAUUUGGCAGGUGGUGAUGAAGCAAACGAACAAUGUCCCGAUACACUUAAAAAGACGUUCGACAAAAAGAAAAACUCAGAUUUUUGCUGCCGGGCUUUGAUUGAUGCGAUGGACAAAUUUUCUACCAAGGUUGUCGCGGAAAAAUAUAAUAGUGACGCUUAUCCUGAAAUGAGUUCAAUGGAUCUGAAGAAUUGCAAAUGCAAGGCAACCAACCACAAACAACCGAAUGCAACUCUUGUAGACUUAUCACAUUAUAAAAAGCCAGUUCAAGCUAGAGUGUCAUCAAAUUUUGUUUGGAAUACUGACCCACCGUCUUAUGCAAGUUCUCGGCUAAGGCAUUUAAAAGAUUAUGGAACACAAUAUGUAGAAAGACCUGGCUAUUAUUACAUAUCGGCACAAUUGAAAACAAGAAUUGCGAAAAUGAAUGAUAAAGACGAAACUCCCGACAGCACAUUUAGGCACUACGUUAACAAAGGGACGGGGGUAGUAGUAAUACUUGAGUGUACACAAUCCCAGUGUGAAAUGGCGUCAGAUGUUUCAGAAAGUACAAGUGUCCUUGGCGCUGUGUUCAACCUCGAGGUCGGGGCCACUUCCCAACCUCAAAAUAUUGUUUUUUGAUGAAAUCAAUUACUUUAGCAUACACAGUAUUUAGUUUGAAAUGUUACACUGUAAUUAUGACUAAUGCAUGUUUUUAUUCAUGUUUUUAUUUUGGCCAUGAUCGUAGAGCCAAAGUGAAAAUAUACAACCCUGUAAAUUGUGUUAAUGCCGGUUUAUUAAUAUACGAUUUUUGUGUUUGCAACUACAUAGUUUUACAUAUUUCAUAUAUUUCUUGAGACAUAGACUGUUUAGUAACCGAGUGUAUAACAAGCCGUUGCCUUAACUUGACUUGACUUACACCUUUUCCUUUUUUUGUAGUAAUAAAAUGCUGCGAAAGAUGCAAAAUGACAUUAAAAUUAUAUUGCAAUUACCAAAUACUACUCGUAACUGACACACAUUUAUAGCCUUAUCUGUUUUGUAUUAUGUCUGUUGUUUUAACAUUUCGUUAUUAAGCGGCAACUGGCAAGUUUUAUUACAGGUCCAAAAAAUGAUAUACCCACGGUGCAUGAAACGUUUUAUUAUUUCAUAUAAACUUCAAACUAAUUUGCUUACAGAAUAGAGAUUGGUUUAUGUAGAAUAAUUGAACUGAAUAUUUAAAGCACGAUUUGUACAAUCAUUAAUGGAAAUAUCAUGAAAUAUAUCAUAGUGUUAAAUCAGCACAUAAUAAAAGUUUGAUUCACAGUUUUCCUGA